AAUUGUCCGACUGGCUGAAAUUGCUUCUACGACUACAUGAGUGUCCUUCUAUGUUGAAAGCAAAACAAUUUUCUUCUUUACAAGGAUAUAAAUGAACUUUAAUAUCAGUAGAAAUAAUUUAUGUUGCACACUCUGCCUCGCUGUCUCUCUCUGCUCUCUCUCUCUCUCUCUCUCUCUCUCUCUCUCUCUCCCCGUGUUUGACCUUCCUACUUCGCGAGAAGGAACUCAGGGCUCAACAAUGGAAGAAACAGUAGAGCUCCCUAAUUCAGAUCACGUGGAAAUGGCUCACCAACACAUUCCACGAAAGAUAAAAAAGGGAGGCCUUGUAACCAUGCCAUUCGUUAUAGUAAAUGAGGCAUUUGAGAGAGUGGCAAGCUUUGGGCUGGUGCCAAACAUGAUAUUUUACUUGAUGAGAGGCUACAACCUGGGAUUUGCCAAAGGGAACAACUUGAUCUUCUACUGGUCAGCUGCCACCCAGUUCAUGCCUAUCCUGGGGGCUUUUCUUUCUGAUUCUUACCUGGGUCGCUUCCUUACCAUCGUCUCGGGUUCCAUAGCCAGCUUCCUGGGGAUCGUGCUCCUGUGGUUAACGGCCAUGAUUCCAUGGUUGAGGCCUCCCCCAUGUGACCAAUCAAAACACAGUUGCAAAUCCGCAACAACGAUUCAAAUGGCUGUCCUAAUAUCUUCUUUUGCUCUCAUAUCCAUUGGAGCUGGUGGCAUUAGGCCAUGUUCCUUGGCGUUUGGAGCAGAUCAGUUGGACAAAGGAGAUAACCCAAAAAAUAACAGGGUCUUGAAAAGCUUCUUUGGCUUGUACUAUGCUUCCCAAUCUAUUUCUGUCUUCGUUGCCUUGACGGCCGUCGUCUAUGUUCAAGAUCAUCUCGGAUGGAAAGUGGGUUUUGGGGUUCCGGCAGUUCUUAUGUUCUUCUCUGCCUUCUUCUUCUUCCUGGCGUCCCCCUUGUAUGUCAAACAGGAAGCUAAGAAGAGCUUGUUCACUGGCUUUGCACAAGUGCUUGUAGUUUCUUAUAAAAAUAGAAAACUUCCCUUCCCUGAUCGGAGCUCCGGUGGACUUUACCAUCACGGAAAGAACUUGCUUCUUGUCUCACCAACUGAGAAACUAAGGCUUUUGAAUAAAGCUUGCAUCAUUAGGGAACCUGAAGUAGACAUAAACCAGGAUGGAUCAGCUUCAAAUCCUUGGAGUCUUUGCACAGCAGAGCAAGUAGAAGAGCUAAAAGCACUUAUUAAGGUUAUCCCAUUGUGGUCUACAGGGAUCAUUGUCUCUAUAAGCGUAAGCCAAAGCACAUUCCCAAUACUCCAGGCAAAUUCCAUGGACAGACACAUAACUUCAAGCUUCCAAAUUCCAGCAGCAUCGUUCGGGUUGUUUGCUGUCAUUGUUAUAAUCAUCUGGGUUGCUCUCUAUGAACGAGUAACCCUUCCCCUGGCGUCAAAAAUCAUAGGCAAACCAGUGAGGCCUGGUCCGGUGAAAAGAAUGGGAAUUGGGGCAUUUCUCUCUUGCAUGGCCAUGGUAAUUUCCGCCGUAGUUGAGAACAUCCGACGUAGGAAAGCAAUCCGUGAAGGGCAUAUAAACGAUGCACAUGCAGUUUUGGAUAUGUCUGCCUUCUGGCUUGUGCCACAAUAUUGCUUGAUUGGAUUAGCGGAAGCGUUCAAUGCGCUAGGACAAAUAGAGUUUUAUUAUUCAGAAUUUCCUAAGAGUAUGUCAAGCAUUGCCACGUCUCUGUUUGGACUUGGAAUGGCUGUGGCUAGCUUGUUGGCCAGUGUUAUUCUGAGCACUGUUGAUGACCUUAGUUCAAGAGGGGGAAAAGAGAGCUGGGUUUCCAAUAACAUCAACAAGGGUCACUAUGAUUAUUACUAUUGGCUUCUUGCUGUAGUGAUGUUUCUCAAUUUACCCUAUUUUCUGGUUUGUAGCUGGGCAUACGGACCUCAGGUCGAGAAUGGGAGUAAACGGGAGGGAGAAGCCUGACAAUUUAUUUGUGUGACAUUUGGUUCGAAUGCUGUAAUUUUGGUUCCUCUCCUCCAUGACAUUGACAUUAGACCUA